ACACAGGGAGAGAAGGGGUUGUAUUAGACGUGUAUGGCUGACACAGGGAGAGGAGGGGUUGUAUUAGACGAGUAUGGCUGACACGGGGAGAGGAGGGGUUGUAUUAGGAGCAUGGCUGACACAGGGAGAGGAGGGGAUGUAUUAGACGAGCAUUGCUGACACAGGGAGAGGAGGGGUUGUAUUGGGAGCAUGGCUGACACAGACUGUGUGUAUGGCUGUGUGUACUCAAUCUCUGCUCCUACUCUCAAUAUUCAGGGGGUGUAAGAGGAAAUACCAAGUGAGAUCUGGGAGAAUGUAAACCUUCCAACAACAACUCUCUCACAUCUAUAGCCACCGGAAACCACACUGUCACCAAUUAUUUCUUGCCAAUACAUCAGACAGAAAGCACCAUCUUUCAAUCUGGCAAACAGUCAGCUAUAGGGCAGGUUCAUGUCUGCCAUCUUGUUUUCAAAGUGAGGCUACAAUCCACUUCCUUAGUGUAAUCCUGGCUGAAUGUACAGUCUCUCUCUUUGGAUUGUGUACAGAUACUUUAGUUUUAGGUCACAUUUGCACAUCUGGGUGCCACAAAGUUUAUACAUGGCGUCUGAGUGUGAAAAUGAGAUCUGUGAGCGAGCGACUGCAGAGAGCGACACAGUGCUGUCUAGCAAUGAUCCUAAGAGCAGCUGUCAUCUGAUACAGGACACUGAAAUCUCUAACAUGAGUCCUCUUGAUUACGUCAUGGAACAAGAAGUUGCAGAAGACAUGUGCAUUUCCAAAAAAAAGCUAAACCGGAGAAAAAAGGAUGGAAAAAGCAUUAGAAAAAGAGCACAAAAUUAUUCUCCUCAAAUGUCAAUAGAGGCAGUGGAAGUUCAGUCCAGUAUUGGAGACCUGGUUUUGGCAGCAGAGAUGAUGGAGAAAGCAAGUGAAACAACAUUUCAAGACCCAGGUGCAGUAAAUGAGUACAUUAUACAUGACCAUGGAGAUUAUUGUGUACCCGAUGAUCCUGAGCUCCUGAAAAAGAUGGUGAGAGAGCUAAAGAAGGUAUCUCAUCAGCAGAGCCAACUUCUCCUCUCACUGCAAGAAGCGCUCAGCAGCAAAGAGAUUCAAAGUCGUACGCUGCAGGAGCAGUGGGAGAAUGAGAGAUGGAUAUUGAUCACUGACAUGGGUCAGCAAAUUUCUCAGCUGGAAUCGGAGUUAAGAAAUUUGCGCUGUGAGAAUGAGAUUCUAGAGAAGAAAAGCAAAGAUUUAGAAGAACAACUCGAGAGAAGUUCUGGGACAGUUCUGUACUUGGGCCAGCAGGUAAAGCAACAGGAGAACAGUAGGAAUGAUGGUGGAUUCUGUAUGAACAGCAUCAAAAGUGAUGGCAAGUGGGUACGUUUCUAUACAGGCUUUGACAGCUAUGAGCAUCUCACAGACUUCCUCAGCUUUCUGACUGCAGACCAAAAACUGUGCUCUGGCAAAAUCCGGAAAAGAUCAGAGGUUGGACCGCAAAGUGCUCUGAGUUCAGAAGACCAGCUCCUGCUUGUCCUCACAAGGCUGCGUUUGGGGUUGUUGCUUCAGGAUUUAUCCUUUCGAUUCAGAGUAUCCGAGUCCACUGUCUCCCGUUACUGGCUGAAUUGGACAGAUCUUCUACAUGCAAGGCUUACUCAGGUACCCAUCCUAUACAGUGCCAGAUACCUAGAGCUCUUUGAACCCAAGAGAACAGUACAGUAUCAAGGACUCAACUGUACUGUAAUGGACUGUACAGAUCUGUUCUUUGAAGUCCAGGCCAAGGACCGCACUAAGCCAUCUUCUACACACCCCUCUAGAAACCAUUAUUUAAGGCGAGGUUACGCCAUUGCCUCUUCCAAUGGAUUUAUCACCUUUUCAUCUAGCUUACCAUUUGGAAUAGCUACCAAGGUCAUGGAUGGACAACCACAGGAAGAAAUAGUUGGCGAAAUUAGCCCGCUGUUGCACUUUCCAAAUUUCAUGCAAAAUUCGGCAGUCCAGCUGACCCACCAGCAGCAGGAAAUGAGCAGACAGGUUCUCAGUCUCCUGAGUCUCAUAGACAAAGCAUUGAACUUCCGAUUUUUAAAGUGUAUAUAUCCACAGAAUAUGGAAGCACAGGUGGAUCGAGCCUGGAUAAUCUGUUGCUACUUGGCUUGUUUGCUUCACGAUCCCAUGGGGUUAUCCUGAAAUUGCCUGUGGGAUAUAACCAUCUACAGUAACAGACAAUGCUUUGCUUGGGUUCAGUUUUAAAAUUUUGCACUAAAAGAUUUUUAUUCCAGUUUGUUUGGGACAGUUUUACAGAAAGAUGAUCCUAAUAGAUCCCUAUUCUCAGUAAAGUGGACAAUCCUCUUUUUCCAUUGAUCUGCUUAUGACAAAAAAAAAAAAUCAACUUAAAGGAUAGGCUCACCUUUUGUAACAAGUUAACAUGUUAUUGUUCUCCAGUUCCCGCACUUCCUCAAUCCCCUGCUGUUACAGCUGGCGGGGGGAUCCUCUCCUCGCACCCACUGUCACAGUUUAAUUAUAGUACAGCUGUGCAGGGCUCCACCCACAUGCCCGCGACAUUCGUUCACAGAGCUCUGCGAUUAAUUAAAUGCACAUACCGUUUGCCACCACCGCAGGGGGUUUGCAGUUCUCAAUGAACUACGAGGGCGCAAUUCAAUAGCUCUCUGCCUGUAUGAGAGGUAUGGGCAGACAGCUAUACUGAGUAUUAUAUGUAUAUACUAUACUGAUCGUGGGUGUACAGGCUACAGUGUAAAUAAAAUCAAUGCACUUUUUUUUUUACCUGCAAAUUCAUGUGCAUUUAUUUAUGUAUUGCAAAAGGUGAACUUAUACUUUAAAUAUAAACAGUAAGGUUGCCAGAAAAA